CCGCGCGCUGAUUGGCUGUCGUCGCGGUCACUCGCGUUCGGCUUGCGGCGCGCGGCGGCGGCGGCGGCGGAGGCGGCGGGAGAGGGCGCGAGCCCGGCAUCAUGCUGCCCCUGUCGCUGCUGAAGACGGCGCAGAACCACCCCAUGCUGGUAGAGCUGAAGAAUGGAGAGACUUACAACGGCCACCUGGUGAGCUGCGACAACUGGAUGAACGUCAACCUGCGGGAGGUCAUCUGCACCUCGCGGGACGGCGACAAGUUCUGGCGCAUGCCCGAGUGCUACAUCCGCGGCAGCACCAUCAAGUACCUGCGCAUCCCCGACGAGGUCAUCGACAUGGUCAAGGAGGAGGCGGGCGCCAAGGGCCGCGGCCGCGGGGGGCUGCAGCAGCACAAGGCGCAGAAGGGGCGCGGCCUGGGCGGCGCCGGCCGAGGUGUGUUUGGCGGCCGGGGCCGAGGCGGCAUCACGGGCACAGGCCGAGGGCAGCCGGAGAAGAAGCCGGGCCGCCAGGCGGGCAAGCAGUGAGGCCGCCGCUGGGCACGAGUCCAGCUGAGCUCUGCGCCCGGGAGACUUGCGCCGGGGAGCACAUGCACCCUUGGUGUGGGCCCCGGGGUGUGACCCCUGAAGUGUGGCCCGGGGUGUGCCCCCCACGUGUGACCCCUGAAGUGUGGGCCCCGGGUUGUGACCCCCCCAGCAUGUCCAGGCGCCCCACCCCAGUCCUGACAGCAGUUGGGGCGCCCCUCCUGCCCCCAGCAUGGAGUCAAAAUAAAGCCGAGCCCCAGCCUCUGG